UGGGUCCCUUGAGCUCCAAGUUUUACACAGGAAGCAAGCUUGGGAUGUGUUCCCACUUUAGUGAGUGGAAAUCAGAUCUCUGCACAAGGAACGAGACCAGAGCAGAGAAGAGGUGAUAGAAGGCACAGUAAUGAUGGUAAGGCCAACCCCAGGUGGGAAGACGAACUAUGUGCCCAGCAUUGUGCUAACCGCUCACCUCUCCCACUUCAUCUGCACAAUAAUCCCGUGAUGUGGACGCAUUAUCUCCAUUAUGUAAAUGAGGAAAAGGGGCCUACAAAUGGUCAGUGCAGAACCAGCACGUGACUUCCAGCUCCAUGGCAGGAGACCACGCCCCCUUAACGCCUGUUAUGGACACAGAGAGGUGCCCUCUCUCUUCGAUGGAGUGCCUGGGGUGGGUAUCCACCUUAUCCACCUGGUGAAUUUUGCUUGUGUUUGUUUCUCAUCAUACAACCAUAGGAUUUGGCUCCCUGCACCAUCCAAAUUCAAAAAACAGAGACCACGACAUACCAACACGACAGCUGUAUUUUUCAUUAGUAAAUCAAUAAACCAGCUGUCUGGGUGCACACACAUAUCUAUUAAGGCAAGCCCACCCCCGACCUGAAGUCCACCAUGUGCCAAAUUCAUUAAGAUUCUGGGCGUGCAAGGAGAGCCCCCAGCCAUGGCCCAGGUGCCAAGAAAGUCCCUGUUGGCCUCUUCUUGGCAGACUUGGCCAGCCUCCCCCAGCGACAGCCUGGCCGUGGAUUUAAGCCGCCUGGUCGGACUGUGAGGGUCGUCUGCACAAAGAAGGAGGCAACAGUGCCAGGUUCCAGUGCGUGCUCCAAGUUCCACAUUCUGUUGCAGACUCCCGGCGCCAGAGCCAAGGCGGGCUGGAGGCUGGGGGCCGCUGAGGAAGUAGAAUCUGGAGACACUGCUGAAACUCUGCCCUAACUGGAAGGGAGCAGAGGCGCACCAGCUCUCGCUCCACCUCCUCUGCAGGACGGCCAUGGCCCUGAGUGACACUGAUGUGCAGAAGCAGAUUAAGCACAUGAUGGCUUUCAUCGAGCAGGAAGCCAACGAGAAGUCAGAGGAAAUAGACGCCAAGGCCGAGGAAGAGUUCAACAUCGAGAAAGGACGCCUCGUGCAGACCCAGAGGCUGAAGAUCAUGGAGUACUACGAGAAGAAGGAGAGGCAGAUAGAGCAGCAGAAGAAAAUCCAGGUGUCCACCCUGAGGAAUCAGGCCAGGCUGAGGGUCCUGAGAGCCCGGGAUGACCUCAUCUCAGAAUUGCUCAGUGAUGCGAAGCUGAGACUUGGCAGGCUUGUGGAGGACCCGCAGGUCUACCAGGGGCUUCUGGAUAAGCUCACGCUGCAAGCCCUGCUCCGCCUGCUGGAGCCCGUGGUGAUCGUGCGCUGCAGGCCCCAGGACGUGCUGCUGGUGCAGGCUGCAGUGCAGAAAGCCGUCUCCCAGUACGUGAUGGUCUGCCAAAAACCUGUGGAGGUUCACCUGGAUCAAGAGGCCCACCUGGCCGCGAGCGCAGCUGGAGGCGUGGAGGUUUACAGCAGCGACCAGAGAAUAAAGGUGUCCAAUACCCUGGAGAGUCGGCUGGAUCUGUCAGCCCAGGAACAGAUGCCAGAAAUACGCACGGCCUUGUUCGGAGCCAACGCCAACAGGAAGUUCUUUAUCUAAGGUGAAGGUCAAGUGUCAUCCUCUUUGACACUCUGAUGUUGUCCUGUCUUCCGUUAGGAGAUGCUCUUGGAACAUUAUCUAGUGUGAACUUUGGAAUAAAGCUCAAAUGCACGCUCAGGAAUCGGAUGCCGGUUUACCCGUCCGUGCCGCGGCU